GUUCCAAUUCUUCUGAUUUCAAAUUAAAAAUGGAUGACAAACUCAUUGGAAGCGUCAUAUCAACCGAAACUAAAGAUGGAAAUGUCUAUCAAGGAAAGUUGACAACGUAUGAUACGAAUAAUGGGAAUUUGACCAUGGCGAAUGUUAUCAAAAAUGGACUUCCUCUUCAUCGUUGCUUUACUCUCUCGUCGUCAGACAUUAGUCGAUUGAAAGUGAUUAGAGGCGCUACCCAGUCAACUCAAAAAUCCCAGCCCUUGCCAGUUCAAAAUUCCUCAAAUAGUGUAAAUAAACAGAGACCUUUGAAGAAGUCUGCGGAAUCUACUGUAUCUUCCACUUCCACCGCAUCUUCUUCAGCUUCUUCAGUACCGGAUUCUUCUCGCAAUCGUUCAGUUGCAGUUUCUCCUCAAAAAUCGGCAAAGGGGCGAUCACCGAAAAAAUUUGCGACAAAUGUUGAAAAACUCUUUGAACAUCACUCGACACCAUCCAAGCUGACUCUUGCGAAGAAACAGAGCCGUCAAUCACCAAUGCACAAUGGAUUCUCUCAUACAGCUGAAGAAAUUUCAGCAACACCACAUUUCCAAAGUUUCGAUCGCCAAGUUCCGAACCCAAAAGUUUUGAGCACAAUCGCUUCGAAUGGGGGAAGAUGUUCGAAGAAGCAGGGACCGUCUGGAAAUCCAGUUCUUGACGCUCUCAAUCACUACAAGGGAAUUGGUGGCCGAAACAAGAAUGAUCUCGCUGAUCCAAUCGAUUUUGAUUUGGAUUCAGAUUUUGAUUUUGCGGAAAAUUUGAAAUUAUUCGAGAAAGAUGAGAAUGAUGACCAGUACUAUGAGACAGUUGAAAAAUUUAAAUGCUCUCAAAAUUUUGCUCACUACGAAAAUAUAAUUGACGAUGAGAAUCGAGUGACCUCGUGGACAAAUUUGAAGGCACGAUCUGAACUUGUGAAGACAGGAACGACACCUCAGACAUCUGAAAAGAACAACUUCCGAGUUACUGCUGUGAGUUUUGAGAAGUCGAUUAUUGGAGAUCCAAUUCCUGCAAUAAGUUUGAAUGAAAAGAAAGAAUUUUUGAAUGAAUGUAGGGUUUCGUUAGGAGAAGCUGUCUACGACACAAUCGUCGCCGAUCGCAUCUUCCAAUGGGUCUCAGAAGUUCAAAAUUCGUAUGGUGAUGCACAUGGAACUGUAGUUCUUCUCGCAUCUUCUGCAAACUCUGUUCGUUCCAUUCGUCGUCUGCUCACCCAUUUCGACAAGCGACGUUACAAUUGUCAUUUAUUCGGAAAAUAUCCAGGAGAGAUCUUUGAUCAUGUCAAUGUGGUCACUGAUGUAAAGAUGCUUCCGAGAGAAGUUCCGAUAAUCUGUAUUCUCUCACCAGUCGUCAACGACGAUGUUGAAUGUUGGCUCCGUGCUCAAAGCAAUGGAGCUUCUUCUCAUUACGUAUGCAUUGAAAAUGUUCCAAGUGUUCUCGAACCAUCUCGAUGCCAUUUGCUUCAAUUUGGAUGUGCUACAAACGGACUUCGGCAUGCGGAACGUAAGGUUCAAACGAUAAAUCGUGGAGGUAUCACUUUUGAACAUUUGUGCCAGGGUAAAAUGCACGAGGAGACAAGUUCUAUUCUUGUUGAUAGUGCCAUUGCUGACCUCGGAUCUCCAUCGAAUUGGUUCGACAACACAUCUUCCAAAUUCAUUUCUACCGCAUUCUCUACAACUUUCCUUGUCAGACUUUCACAAUCCAAUUAGUUUAUUUAAAACCCUUUUCCUGUUGACAUACACUUUUUUUAUUCGCCCAACAUGGUUCAGUAUCAUUUUGAUUUUUCUCCAGCGAUCCCUCUAUAGUCUCAAUCACAAUGAAUCGAGUGAUUUUCUUUGUUCUCAAAAUAGUAAAAUUCUUCCAUAAGAUAUCCCAAAUCAAACCAAAUCGUGUAGUUUAGCAUUUGUUCUCUUUCUCUAAAAAUCCCACAGUCGGCGUUACUUUAUCACUCCAAUAUCAUUUUUCUUCCCUUUGGCAAGUCGUUGGAAUAUAUCGGUGGUUUCGUAUUGUCCCGUUUGACUUGCACAUUUCCAUUCUAAGAACCAAAACUUUUUGAAUUUUGAAAUGUAUCUUCCAUUCCAUAUUCUUGCACAAAUCUUAUAUUUUGAUAUACCUUAUUGUCCCAACCACGUCUACUUUUAGCACCGAAAAAUAAAAUAUUAGAGAU